UACUGGUGAAAAUCUUAUGCACACGCCAUGUUUUGCUGAACAUAGCUCCAAAGGCCAUGGAGAACCCAAUGCCCAUACACCACGUAUUUGCCUGCAUAAGAGAAAGUGAAAAAAAAGGAGCAUUACUCUGCGUGUACAAAGUUGCCUUUCAGACGAGCACCUGUUCACGCGCGCUACAGAGAUUUGCAUAACAAAAGAAACGUUCAACGCGAAGUGCGCUGAUUGGUCAGCUGGUUUAGGAAGUUAUUUUGGGACUGUGUUGUUUACUCGCGUGUGUGGUACUGAUGGGUUUUCUAUGGACAGCUACUAAACAACAAGGAUUAAUGGCGGCCGUCUUUUUAACUGACUUUUUGGACGGGUUACUGGGCAGGUUUUGCUGUUGAAUUGCUUUGUUUCUAGUUGAUCUUGAAGGAAUAAUUGAAUAGCUACUUUUAAGGAACAACACUCAAUGAAUCUACAUGUAGUCAACUCUAGAUAGACUGCAGGAAUGUGGUGAAAUGUAGACGCUUUUCCAGAAUGUGUUGUGUGGGAUGUUGGUGACAACUGAAUUUGCAAGGAUUGCUAUCUUCAAAGUCGUGGAUUUCUAUGGAAACUUAGACCGCAGUUUUAUAGCAUCUCGGAAAUAAGUUCCAGUCUUUCCCAACGUGGAUGUGUAAUGCUGCACCGUACAGUGACGUUUGUGUUCUGCUUGAGUUACGGUGGUUCUCCUAUUUGUCAGUUAUAUCGACCCAUUGUCACUUAAAUCGUCACACAGUUCUAACCUGAAGAAGGAAACCCCUUUCGCCGUCAACUUCUUGCAUGACAUCUUUGAGAUAAACGAGGGUUGGAUGCACGGUGGAGUGGAACUUGAAUCGUGGACCUUGGAUCGUGGGGGACUUGGGGGAUUGUUUACGGGCGGAGUGAAACGUAGCAUCUCUUGAUUAUUACUGGAGAGUGGUGCGGGACAAUCUGGAAUUUGGGGAUUUAUAUAUCGCCUGGUGUCGUCUUUCUUUCAAAUCAGACAGAGUGGUGAUUUGUCCGGCUAGCUGCUACCAUGGUUACAGGGAGUUACAUCCUGCAAUGAGGAAGUGGUUUAUAAGGAUGACAAAUUGACUCCAACUUUGUGAAACUCUUGCCGUCUGCUCAAGACAACUGUCGUCCUGCCAGAAUCAGGAGGAUACAUUUUAGACUGACUCGAAGACAGUUAAGUGAAAGAAGCUUGUAGUUGAAUAGAGGAAUCAAGAUGGACGGUUGCAGACAGGAAAUUUUGCAAGGUUCAAAUUUAGGUGAGCAGCAAGACCCCACUCUAUGUGUGACAUCUCUGAAGGCCAAGUUCAGCAAAGAACAAGAAAGCAGCAGCCCAAACCCUGAUCUGCCCGACAAAAAUCAAAACGUCCGCCAGAAACGUCGAUUUAGGUGGCCUCCCGCGACCGAUAAUCUAUCUCAUAGUGAUGAGACGCUGAAGUCUCAAGACUGUGAUCCAUAUAGUGAUCUAACAGAUUCCUGCUUUGAAUCAAAUGAGAAGGAUAAGAGUUUAUCUCGGCAGAGCACUUUCGAUUCAGAAGAGUCUUUUGAUGCUCAACGUCUAUCUGCAGUAGUACCAGAGGAAAUACAAGUUAACCGUACGGUUAAAGGAAUAACUUCAAAAGUACCUGUGCCCUGUAAGCGUGCAAGUGUACCAGAUCCUACUAGAAUUAAAAAUGAGCUGAAUGUGACAAGUAACCAUCAUGUAAACAAUAGUGUGGUGCUUGACUCUUCAUCUACGUCACCUAAGGACAAUACUGUAGGAGACAAUCUUACCAUAAACACAUUUACUUCAGAUGCACAGGAUUUCAAACUAGAAGGCGAGAGUAAGGGUUAUUCCGACGCAGAGACUGCCCCAGAUGUUGUGUCUGGUGCCGACGCCAAACAUGUUUUCUCUGAUAUCAGCGCAUCGUCUACUCUGAAAUUGAAACCCGACAGGUUGCCUAGAAUUCCUAGGAGGAGCGUUGAUCGCCAAAACUCCCCUCCAGGUGUUCUUGACGUGAAGACCGUUGCGUCGCUGCUGCCAAGAAACAGGAGCUCCGCCGAGGAGAGUGCUCUAGCACAUAUUAUACAACUUGAGGCUGAUCGGUCUCACCUGAAUCACAUCCUCCAAGCUGAUGAAAUUAAUGGAUUCACUGGGGAACAGGACAGCGGAGUCUUUGAUCUAUCCUUGGUCCACCAGGAGGACUGUGAUAGCAUUGAAGGUAGAGAGAGUCUAAGGGACUUGAGUGCCAGGAACCUCACGCCAGAACAACAGAGGAAAUUUACUCCCCGCGCUCCAUCUGAGCCAGCUCAGUUUUCAGAUUUUGUAGAGGAGCAGACGAAAGCAACAAGUGAAGACUAUGCAAGUAGUUUAUGUAUUCCUUCGUGUUUAUUGAUUGAUUUACCUUUGUUCCCUGGAUUGGAGUUGUCCGAACAACCCAGUGUGCAAGUCUGGAACGGAACCUUUGAAUGUGAUCAGAAACACAAGAACAGUGUGAACGAGCCACAUUGUAUUGAACACUUGUCAAAAGAAAUCUUGCCAGAAGCAGUACAAAAGGAUAUCUUUCCUAAAGUCUCUUUUGAGAGUCAUUUGGCGCUCGAUAAACCUAAUCUACUUGGAGAAAGCUCUGAAGAUAUAGAAGGACCAUAUGAUUUGAUUACAGCAUUGACAGAUUCAGCUGAAGUCAUUAGUGAUCAGAGCAACACUAUGGGGAAGAAAUCACAGUCACCUUCCAAAGGGAAGCAGGCGUCGCACAUGAUCUACUCCAGAGAAGAAUUCGCUGAGGAGUAUGCCUCCCCCAAGAGAAGCAAAUCUUUGGACAAAAAAGGAAGUAGCAAAAAGAUCAAAGGGAAGGGAAAAGAGAGGAAGAGACUCCUAUCGGAUCCGUCUCAGGGUACCACAGACUUCUUUAUAUCGGCACCCGUCCUCCAAACCAAGGAGGAAACUGUUAGUUCCAAGAGACACACAAUAGGUGCAUCGCCAACCGCAACCCAGGAAGCCGGAACAGAUACCCGAGAAUUACUCAGGGAUAAUGAACUACCGGGAGGUGAUGAGACAAAGCGCUUGCAGCCGCGUACUUUGUUAGCUGCUGACAACGAAUCAAAUAACAACCACGACCACCCGCACAAGAAGAGGCUAGCACACAGCCGGGGUGGCGGUAUCUCCCCAGAGAUUGUACCUAGUAAGACACCUCUCUUUCAGCAGCAGGUCACGAAGACCUCCCCGGAGGUCAUUGCAGACACCCUCGAAGAGAGGAGCUUCUCGACAGGUCCUAGAGAAGUGGAUUUAAUCACCGGAGCUCCACUUAUCAAACCUAAACGCCUGAGUCUGACAAACCAAUUGCAGAAACAAGGUAGUGCUGAUAAGUCUGAUGUCAUCGUGCAACAGAACGGCGGCUCCACUUCAGCUUUGAUGAAAGGAGAUCUGUGUGAGCGCAAGACAGAAAUUGCAGUUGAGAGGCAAGUUCUUCUAAAACAAGCUGCCAAGAGUUCAACUCCACAUCUAGGGAAAGCGGUGAGCAGUACUGAAGCCGGUCAGCAAAACUCUCGGCCUAAAUUGCAACAGCAGCUUAGCGUGGAUUCGUCGAGCCCUUAUACAGUCAUCACCAGGAUCAUUGACGGGGAGGAGGAACUCAUCUUGGGUGCCUUGCCUCUCCAAGAGAUGGAAUCUCCAAGAAAUAUCGACAGCACCCCUCCAGCGCCAAUACCUCCAAGAAAACCUGACAGGCAACUCUCUGCGGGAAAGAAGUUCCGCCAUUAUGCAUGCAUAGAGCCAGUCGGUCAACCUGUACAGGUAGUCGCACCUGAACAGAAGUUGGAAUCAUCUUCUUCGAAAUUACCGUCCGACAGCCAAGAUAAAAAUGAACUGAUCCUAAAGGAAUCCCUUGAUCCAGUGUCUGCAGCAGUCACACCUUGUCUUCCUGAAAUUGAAGACUUUGAUACAACUCCAGUGAAACAGACACCACCACUCAUUAUUACUAGUCCCCCAUUUGAAGAAGACACCCCUACGACCGAGGAGAGCUACCCAGACUCUCCACAUACUGCAUCCCCUCAAUGUAUCCAGAUCUCACUAGAGAGCAAAAGAGACGUCCAAAGCCCAACAGCAACAGCUCCAGUGAUGGAGUUAAGCCGUACUAGGGUUGACUCUUGCACGGACACAGCCUCGACUGUUUCCAUCCCGCCUCAGUCGCCCCCUGACUUGGACUACCAUGACCUCUUGCAGCAUCGCAACAAUCGGACCCCGUCCGAACACUCACUUGAGACUUUCUCUGAGCCCUCUAUAAAUAUCUGCUUUGAUGGGACCAAGGAGCAGACAGUCUCCGAGCAGCAGAUGGUGACUGUCUCUCUAGGGAUGAUGCCGGAACCACAGACGGCCAAGAUGACGAUAAUCAAUGAUGAGACUCAGGAGACGAUCAGUACUGAUGUUAACCAGGAGCAAGACUCGGCUGGGGUGGAGCAAAUAAAGCCUUCUCCUUCAGAGGUCGAACAUGCAUCAGUACCCUUGCAAUCAACCCAGGCAGUAAGACUGAGGGCAGAAGUCCCGUCCGUCUCCAGUCGGGACGAAGAUGAAGCAGAUGGUGACAAUGAGGAGGAUGAGGACAGGGGAGUCUAUGAUGCAAGCUACAGAUAUUCAGACUGGAUAUACGUUGGUAAUAACCAGGAACUUACCAUGAUGACCAGGCAACUCGAGGAGCAAGCUGCUAAACCACAAAGUUUACGUACAGUUGCAGAGGUCAAUAAAGCGCCAACAGCAGCAACAGCAGCUAAUGGAGACAGUGUCUUUGAGCGAUCCGAUGAGACCCGAGAGUCGGUGACUACCACAGCCUCAGAAAAAGAGUUUCAGAAGCAGUACCAGAGCCUUGCCUACCGGAGAGUCCAUCGUAAGACAUCUGCAAUUGACUACCAAAGACUGUCCCUCAUAGCCCGAGAGAGAAAUGUCACCAUAAAAAAGGUCAACAAUAUGUUUGGGUUCCGCAUCCAGUACAGCAGGCCGGUGGUUGUCACUGAUAUUGAUAAGGGUGGUGCAGCUGAGCAGGCUGGGUUGAGAGUGGGCGACAUGAUGCUUAAAGUCAAUAGUCAAGAUGUCAGAAAUUCCCCACACUCCCAAGUUGUAAAACUUGCUAUGACAGGUCCAGAUCCACUCCAUCUUGUAGUCGGCACCAAUGUUUGUAACACACUCAAUCUUGAUGCUAAUAAACCUGUUAUGAGUGGGUACCUUCACAAACUAGGAGGAGCUGGUAUGAUCCGAACAUGGAAGAAGAGAUGGUUUGUUCUCAAACAUGACAACUGUCUCUACUACUACAAAACUGAAGAGGAUGUUGAACCCUUGGGUGCCAUUGUGUUGUGUAACUACACUGUAGUGAAAGCAAGAGAUGUCGGCAAAGCAUUUGCCUUCAAGCUGACGAAGUGUAAAGCCAGAACCUACUACUUCUAUACAGUGACUGAAGAAGAAACGAGCAGGUGGGCCAAGCAUAUAACGGAGGCAGCUAAGCCACAGAACACAUCGGAUAUCUGGAUUGAUAUCAGCACCCACAAUGUGGGCCUUCCAGCCCUGUCUAUUAAGAACCCUGACUGUCAGGGCUUCCUGAACAAGAUGGGAGCAGUACGGAAGUCAUGGAAGAAGAGAUUCUGUGUGCUGAAGGAUGCUUGUCUGUAUUACUACAAGGAUAUGGAUGCUCAACAUGCUUUAGGUGUGGCUCAUUUUCAUGGCUACAGUAUCCAAGAGACGGAGAUUGGCAGCAAGAAGUUUGGGCUGGUCCUGAAGCCACCUAGUGAGGAGCUCAGGACAUUCUACUUCUUUGCUGAUCAUGAAACCGAUAGGAAAAGGUGGGUUGCUGCCUUUGCCUCUUCUAUUGGCCGCUGGAUCCAAACCAACAACGGUGAAGAGUCUGACGAGGAAAGUGCCGAAAUGCUGAUAUGAUAAUAGACCAUGUUUGCUUCUCUGCACCUAGGAGGAUUAUAAUGAGAGAAGUUCUUAAAAUCUAAAGAGAGUCAAAGAAUUUGAAGAUAUUUGUGCAUCUUGACAACAAUAGUAAGUACGCAAAUGACUCUUACAAUAUCAAAACAGUCUUGCAGUUAGUGAGACUCCCACAUUCAACCUUUAUUGUUAACUCAUGGAUUUGGUUAAAUUGUGUCUGCCAGCCUUCAAACCUAUUUUGCAUUGAUUUUUAUAUUGUAAAUGUAUUCUUUAUUAUAUUAUGUUUGAAAUAUUUAAGACCAAUGAUAUAUAUUCUGUAUUUUAUUAUAAGUUGAUCACUUUUUAUUGAGUUAAUUUGAUGGGGACUACUCGAAAAGUGGACCAAACAUAAUGGGAAAUUUGCUACAUGUACAUUCCACUAUGCAUCAUAAAAAAAGCCUCUUAAAAUUAAGUUGGGUGCAGAAUGUCACUUUAUUUGCCUAUGAAGGGCUGAACUCUGAAGUGUACAAAUUGAAAACUCGCUUGAUGGAAAAAUGUCCACAUGUACAUACAGUUAUUUUAUGGGCAACAUUUGGAGUAAGUUUGUGACUGAGACAAAAAGAUAAACCAAUCUUAUAUAUAAUUUUAUGUACGGACCAAUCAUAGAGACCAAUAACCGAUUACCACAUAGAAAAAGAAAUAAUAUUUAACAUCUAAGCCAUAUGAAGCCAUAUGAAGCCAUUCACAAAGCUAUCAGAAUAUUAGAUAGUUGGUACUUUUUGUAACACAAAACACAACAUCCGCAUAUUUACAUUAAACUUAAAUUGUUUGAAGAUAAUGAUAGUA